CUCUUUCUAUAAAAUAUAGAGAGAUAGAUGUAUAAGUAAGUAUUGUCCCGAUCGAGCCUAGCGGGUGGAGCAAUAGUGACUCGCUCCGCAUUUUCUACCUCGAUGGAUGACUUCAAUAAUUCAUGAUUCAUGUCUGAUGGCGACUGCGAAGUUCGCCCGUCGAGUGCCGUCGCUAAACAGAUGGUCCAACUGCAUACAGCAGCGAGCAUUUAAUUCUUCCUGUCGUCGCAGUGCCGAAUUGCGCCCCCCGACCGCCCCGAAAGCUGUCCCCGAUGUCAAGCUGAUCAAGGACAACGCCAGCCUGUUCUCGCAGAACUGCGUCGAUCGCAAUUAUGCCUCCCACAAAGAAUACCCCUUCCGCAUCCGAGAGCUGGCCGAGGAAGCUGCGAGACUGGUGGAGGAGCUCAAGAGCCCGCGCCAGAAAAUAAAAGAGGUGGAAAAGGCGAUUUCGCGCAUUGCUGCCCAGGGACUGACACCAGAAGAAACAAAGCUGAAGAUAGCCGCCUUGCGGGAGGACGCGCACAAACUAAAGCAUGCCUCUGAGAAGGCAAUGUUACAGAAGGAACAGAUAGAUGACGAAAUUCGACGGCUUGCGUUGACACUGCCUAAUCUCACCUCCCUCCAAACCCCCGUCGGUGAUGCACCUCGACUUAUUCAAUAUCUCAACUACGACCCUGCAAACCCUCCAUCGUGGGCAACAAAGCACGACCCGAGUCGCUCCCAUGUCGAGAUUGGCACGUCGUUGAACUUGAUUGAUUUUACGAGCUCGGCGACCUCGACCGGCUGGGGCUGGUAUUUCCUUACCAACGAGGGCGCCUUAUUGGAGCAAGCCCUUAUCCAGUAUUCACUGAGCGUUGCAUUGCGACGUGGAUGGAAACCUGUCUCCCCUCCUUCGAUCGUCUACUCUUAUCUCCAGGAAGCUUGCGGGUACCAGCCAAGGGAUCAGAACAACGAGCAGCAAGUCUGGCAUAUUGAGCAGAGCGAGAAAGACAGCGUGAAGCCUCAACGGUCGCUAGCUGGCACAGCAGAAAUCCCCUUGGCCGCAAUGUACGCGGGGCGUGAGAUCGAUGAAUCUCUCUUACCGCUUAAAUUCGUUGGUCCAAGUCGAUGCUACCGCGCUGAAGCUGGAGCGCGAGGUGUGGAUACCAAGGGGUUAUAUCGCGUCCACGAGUUUACCAAGGUAGAGCUAUUUGCUUGGUCGGAUAAUGUGAGGUCUGAUGCCUCGGAUAUUACGCAUGCCAAUUGCGCGCCCCUGAAUGAUCUAUUCAACGAACUGCUAGAUAUACAAUUCGAGAUUCUCACGUCCCUCGGCCUGCCGUGCCGAGUGCUAGAAAUGCCCACAGGUGAUCUAGGGGCAAGUGCUACGAGGAAAUGCGAUAUUGAGGCAUUGUUUCCUUCACGUCUACGAACCAGCGAGCAGCCAGGGUCAGGCGAGGCUGUCAAUUUGGAGACUGCAUGGGGGGAGGUCACCUCUGCUUCGAUUUGUACAGACUACCAAAGCCGUCGAUUGGGCACGAGAGUGCGCGGCCGCGACGGCAAGAAACCGCGUUAUCCGCAUACAGUCAACGGGACAGCGAUUGCUGUGCCCCGAGUGCUGGCGGCCAUCCUAGAGAACUGCUGGGACGAGAGCAGAAGAAUUGUCGUGAUCCCGCUGGUGCUGCGACAGUGGAUGGGCGGGAUGGAGACCAUUGGGAAGAACUGGCCGUCCUCUUCUUCUUGAACUGAGCUUUCCUAUGUUUGUAAAAUAUGUACACUGUUAGAAAUACCGCUUACACAAUAUACACAAUAUUACUUAGUUGCACUCUCACAACCGAGAGGUGUGUGACAGCCUGUGGUGGUCAUCGGCGAGCUCCGACAGUCGCAUUUAACUUUGUGAUAAUAUCGGUAUAAGCCGAUACAGAUCGAUACCAACGCAUACAGAAGUUACUUCCCUCAGUGGAUCUCGGUAGCGACUAAUUAACUACUUCAAUUGCUUUAAUUAGGUUAGUUACUACUGGUACUGGGCGAGAGUUA